AUGAUUCCCAAUCCGGAUCUGAUCCACUACGCCUGCAUCGCGAGGGGCGCCACCGUGCUCGCCGAGUUCAACUCCCGUGACGCCGCCCUCGGCGCCGUCGCCGCCAGGUGCCUCCUCCACGCGCCGCCCCACCACGCCGCGUUCAGCCACACCGUCCGGUCGAGGACCUACUCUUUCCUCAUCGACGCGCCGUUCGUCUACUUCGCCAUCUCCGACGACCGUCUGGAGACCUCCGAGGGCCAGGCGUUCCUCCGGAACGUCCGCGACACGUUCCGUCGGGUCUCCGCCGCCGGCGGCCGACGUAAGCUGGAGCGGCUCUCGUCCCACUGCUUCCAGGGCGAGUUCAACCCGGUCUUCCGCCAGCUGCUCGGCCCGGCCCUGUACCACACGGACGGGAUCGGGUCGCCCUCACCCAGCGUGGGUGGGUCCGGGUCGGGUCGAGUCGGACGCGGGCUCGUGGCCGACCAGAAGGCGGUUCGCAAGAUGAAGAACAGGUUGCUCGGCAAAUUUAACGGGGAGAAGGAGAACGAUGAAAAUGGGGGGAAUGGAAUUGGUUUGAGCCGCGAAUUUUCGCUCGUCGUGAAUAAAAAUGGGGAAUUAUACCCUGUGCAGAUGGUGCAACAGCACCAGAAGGCGAGGAAAAUCUGGAAAAAACACGUUUGGGUCGUGUUGUCACUUGACGUGAUCAUCUGCUUGAUAUUGUUCGGUGUUUGGCUGUGGGUUUGCAGUGGGCUUCAAUGCAUGGAGAGCUGA